UCUAAUGUCAUUUUCAUAUUUUUAUAUACGAUUGUUACUUAUUUUGCAGCACCAUAAAAAAAUAAUCUAGUGUUAAAAAAUGAGAAGAAACGUUAUAGCGACCACAUUAAAUUAACUAAUCAAGAUUAUUACUGGAACGGAAUCAUCUGAUCUAUAUACAUACAUAUAACAACAAUGGCAGAGAAGCAAAAGACGCUUGUAUGUGGGGAUGUGAAUGGAAAUUUUAAUACUUUGUUUUCCCGCGUCGAAUCUAUAGCUAGGAAGUCAGGAACAUUUGAAGUUCUGUUAUGCGUGGGGAACUUCUUUGGUGCUGAUAACUCGCAACUCGACGCCUAUCGUAUAGGAACUAGGAAAGUGCCAGUCACGACAUAUGUUUUUGGCCCAUCAUGUGCCGAACAUGUUCAAUAUUAUUGCGAGGAAGGUGCAGAAAUUGUUCCAAAUGUUAUCUAUAUGGGAAAAAGAGGAAUUUUCACUACAAGUUCAGAAGUUAAAAUAGCUUAUUUAACUGGCCCAUCAAGAAGGGAGUUGGGGAAAGAAAUACCAAUGUGUACAUUUGAGCCGAGUGACUGCAGUGCCGUCAGGGAUGCUUGUUUCAGAGGUCAGAGUGAGUUCAGGGGAGUUGAUGUACUCAUCACUACCUUAUGGCCUGCGGGCAUACAGCAGGAUAAUUUGCAAAAGGCUGAUGUGGAACCAGAGUGUUUAUCCGAUUUAAUAGCAUGGCUUUCUAUUCAUAUAAAGCCGAGGUAUCAUUUUGUUCCAUCCGCCGAUAAGUACUUUGAAAGACAACCAUACAGAAAUCAAAGCGUACAUCAGGACUACAAGGAAGGUGCAACAAGAUUUUUUGCAGUAGCCCCCGUUGGCAACAAAAACAAAGAGAAGUGGAUCUACGCAUGUUCCUUACAGCCAAUCACAAAGAUGCGAAUGACAGACUUAUUGCAAAGCACUACAGACGAAACUCCGUGUCCGUAUGAUCCUGAUAUGUUGAAGCAACACCAACCAGGAAAAGUGGUCAAGGUAUCGGGCAACGGGCAGUUCUUUUUCAAUAUGGACGCUGCGGAUGACGACAAUGGGAAAAGAAAAAGAAAAUCUGGAGAUAAUCCAGAAAGGAAAAGAAAGGAGUUUGACCCAGAUACCUGUUGGUUCUGCCUAUCUUCUCCUUCAGUGGAGAAACACUUGGUGAUAUGUGUGGGCACACACUGUUACUUAGCGCUACCCAAGGGACCUCUCACUCCUUACCACGUGCUGAUACUGCCUAUUGCACACCAUCAGAGUGUUACCAAGGCGCCCGAUGAAGUGUCAAAAGAAAUAAAAAGAUUCAAAGAAGCAUUGAAGAAGUUUUACACAGCGAUGGAUAAGCUAGUCGUGUUCUUUGAGAGGAACUAUCGCACUUCACACAUGCAGAUACAAUGUGUGCCGGUGCCGAAGGUGUGCGGCGCUCAGAUAUUGGAAGUAUUUCAGGAUGAAGCGGGCAUUAACAGUAUUCAUAUGGAAGUACUUCCGCCGUUCACGGAGAUAAUGCAAGUGUCAUUGCCCGGCGCGCCUUACUUCCAUGCUGAAUUGCCGUCCGGCGAUCAGUUGUAUGCCAAAACCAGUAAGCACUUCCCGAUACAAUUUGGCAGAGAUGUACUAUCAAGUCCACCGAUACUCAACUGCGAGGACAAAGCCGAUUGGCGGCAGUGUUUGCUUAGCCGCGAAGAGGAGGAUUCGCACGUUGCGGCGUUCAGGCAAAAGUUCCGCCCCUUCGACUUCACAGCCGAAGAUAGUGACAGUGAAAGCGACUAAGCGACCGAAUGCGACUAAGUGAGUGAAAGCGACUAAGUUAGUGAAAGCGACAAUAGUUUUUUUUAUAGUGUCAAUAAUACAAACCAUUCUACAACGUUCAAUUCCGCGGUUAACAAAAAAAGGCAAUAUUGUAUAUUUUCAAUUACGGUACUUAGGUGACAUGAAUGUGAGCUUCGAAUUCAGAAUUAUUAUAUAUACUACCAUGUAGCGGUGCAGCAAAUCCCGCACCUUCUACGUUUUAAGUUAUGUGCGUUUUAAGCAAUUCAUACAUCACUUGCUUCAACGGUGAAGAAAAACAUUGUGGGGAAACCUGCAUGCCUGAGAGUUCUCCAUUUUUAAAGUAGUGUGGAGUACCACCAACCCAUACUGGGCCAGCGUGGUAGACUACUGCCUUAACCCCUUCUCAUUGUGUGAGGAGACCCGUACCCUGUAGUGGGACGGUAAUAUGUUGAUCGGUAGACUUCUACAUCAUCGGAUCGGUACCUCAAAUGGUUGCGAUAAUUAAAUUGUGGCACUAAUACCUAGUGCUGAGAGUAAAUAUUAGGUCAACUUUUCCGAAUGAUCUGUAAUAUCUUAUCGUACCUACAGCGAUAAGUACAUAUUUCUAUAAUGCAUAACAUCAUUUCAAUGUAUACCUUAUCUGUAUAGAAAUAAACGAUAUUUUAUUUUAUGUACUAAUGUUUUUUAAGAUUAUUUUUUUUGAAUCUCUGGAGUCUAGAAAAAUAACCGAAUACACCUCCAAAUUUCUGUAAAAGUCUCUAAAGACCGUUCAUCGGUUCUGUACAAAAGAGAGAGUUUAUAAUUUUUUUUUUGAUUGAGCUUGAGAAGACACAGUUAUGUCAAAAUUACAAAGUACUUAUUUAUGUGUUUGUAAUAUAGAUACAAUUAUUAUUAUUUAUUUAUGGUCCAGAUGUUCGUAACUUAAAAAAAACUGAAAUGUCUGUUAGUUUACAUACUUAAUCUUGCUUCGUAAUGAAAUCGUCAAUGUGCUACCAAGCAUAUGAUUAAUAUUGUGAAACAUAUUGGGGAGCUUUAGACCCCUGUAGCCUUAGAACAUGAUUUGCUCGCUAGCACUCGAGAAGUCGUUUUCUAGUGUGGAAAUACUUAAACUUCUGAGGAAAAUGAUUCUUAUUUGCAUUGAGUUAAAGCUCAAAUUUGCCUACAAUGCUUUACCUCAGGGCUUUUGAUAAAACGUUUGCUAAGAAGAAGGUCAAAAGUACAGCCUCGCUCCCUCAGCGCUAGCAAGUGCGAGCGAGAUGAAAAAAGUAAGCCAGACAGCUCAGAUGAUAGCAGCGAAUGGGUGUGGGCGGAUCAUCUAGCACUCAUUUCUAGCCUAGCACUUCUAGCAUUUUUCCACCAGACCUGCGUUAUCUACUGUCUUAUCCUGUAUUUUCAUUCCUCGCGCACCUCAUCACUACCUUGAUGAGUUAAAUAUAUAAUGCUUGUGAGUGCGAAUGCGACAAAAGACUUGCAGCUCAUGUGGUAACAGCGAUGCUAUAUAAUUUUAUAUAAACCAGACAAGAUUACGGCUCUGUGUCACUGUGGCGAUGGAGAGCGCUAUGCUAUGAGUAUCUCUGCGUGCUCAAAUCAGAAAUAAGGAGAUCCGUAGAAGAUCCAGAGUUAUCGACAUAGCUCAACGAGUCGCGAAGCUGAAGUGGCAGUCGGCGUGGCACAUAGCUCGGAGAACGGAUAGACGUUGGGUUCCCAAGGUGCUGGAAUGAAAGCCCCCAACUAAAAGACCCCCAACGAGCUAGACAGACGACAUCAAGCGCGUUGCAGGUAGCACUGGACUGGGACUGGACCCAAGCGGCACAAAACCUUGGAAUUUAGAACUCCCUAGAAAAUACCUAUGUCCAGCAGUGGACGUCUAUCGGUUGAUAUGAUGAUGAGACAUGAUUAAAAGGUUCAUAGAAUUAAGAGCGCCACUCACGAAUGUAUAAUAUCUUAAAUAAAAGACAAAACAACUUCAAUUAAA